AUGUCCUCUUACGUUGAUAUGAGCUUGGAAGAUAUUAUUAAAAAGAAAAGAGAAACCUCUAGGAUCAAACGAAAGCCCAAUGUAUCGAUGCCAUCUAAGAAACUACCUAUUGCCGACGCUAGAAAUAAAAUUAUAUCUAAAAAAAGGACUCAAAUUACAGAUGCAAGGGAAAAACUAGCUCAACUUGCAAAACAAAAAGAUGCGCGCCUUAAGCUAGAAAAAUUGCGUCUGGAAAGAUCAGGUGUUCAAGGACAACCAAGAAACAUAUUUCAAAACCGAACAAAGUAUCCAAGGGCAAUAUCCAAUAAAGAGAGAGUAUUCAUAGACACAUCAAGACAAGUAACUUCUCAACCCUUGCACAUUUCUAAAAUAGCCCAAAAUCGUCAACUCCACAUUGGUAGACAACUCAACAGUGUCAGACAAUUUAACACUAAUAGGCAACUAAACAUUGCGAGAGAGCUUAACACAGGUGGACAGCUGAGGACAGGAAGACAACUAAAUAUGGGAAGACAGUUGAACACUUCUAGACUGCUAAAUUCUGGGCAACAACUCAAUACUGAGCGAUUUAUUGAUAGCAGACCUAUUGAAAAACCUAGAUAUCUUGAUUUCGAUAGUACACAGAAAUUAAAACCAAUUCUUAGAACAGUUGAAAACGAUUUGGAAAUAAUAGAUGAUCCUAUGGAAGAUGAAUAUGUUCCGCCAAAGUUAUCGUCAAAUAUAUUGAAUCGUCAAACUAGCCUACAGCUUAAAAUAAUUGCUCAUAAUGAUGAUAUUCACGAUAAGAGAAUUGCUACUAUUCACAGGUCUGCCAUUUCAGAUAAAGAUAAAAGUCCACCUAGACCACCUUCUAUUCUUAAGAAACGUCCAAUGGCUGCUUUAAGAACUGAUACAAAGAUUCAGAAAGUUGAUAAACCCUUGGAGUACAGGAUUAUAGUUAGCAAUUUAAGAAACACUGUUACCGCAGGAGACAUAGAGGAGUUAUUUGGCGAUGUUGGUGGCAUGUUAGAGUCCCGUUUAGUGCGACCUGGCACUGCAGAAGUAAUUUAUAAGACUCAGGAAGACGCUCAAAAAGCGGUUGACUUGUAUCACAAUAGACAGUUAGACGGCCAGCCCAUGAAUUGUCUUCUUGUAACUCCAAGAUCACCCACAGCAACAACAGCUCGGAACAGCAACAAGCCUGCUUUAUAUAGCACGAAUUCGAAUGUAGAACCUGACAUUUCUACCUUUCAUAAAGUAUUAUUCAGUAAUUUGUAA